UAGGCUAUAGGCCUAUUUAAUAAUUAAUUUCCUGAACCUUGCUAUAUGCGCUACUGUUUAAACUACAGCGACGUCCCCGAGGAACUCUAGACCUCCGUGUGAAUAUUGCGCAAAAAUCCCGUUGCAUUAGAAUAGCAGUUCGCUCAACUGGUGUUAUUCUGACACGACCACCACCUCACGUUAGUACAGGAGUGAAACGCUGUGAAACCGAGUGGCGUCAAAAAGGUUUGAAUAAAGAUGGCAGAAGUUGUACACAUGAUUGACAGCGAGGUUUUCCUGGCCUUCUCCACAUAUGCAACCAUAGUCGUCCUCAAAAUGAUGCUCAUGAGCUUCAUGACCUCAUAUUUUCGCUUGACAAAACAGGUUUUUUCAAACUUGGAGGACACCACCUUGGUGAAGACCACAGAAGACAGGAAGAGGCUGGUCAGGGUUGAUCCGGAUGUGGAAAGAGUGCGACGGUGCCAUCUAAAUGACCUGGAAAACAUUGUUCCCUUUGUGGUGAUCGGUCUCCUGUAUGCACUCACGGGGCCAGAUCUCUCCACGGCUCUGUUGCACUUCCGGGUGUUUGUAGGGUCACGUUUCGUCCACACAGUGGCCUAUGUGAUGGCUCUGCCCCAGCCUACCAGAGGUCUGACCUUUGGUGUGGGGCUGUUCACAACUUUUUCUAUGGCUUACCGGGUGCUCACCACAGCGCUUUUUCUCUAAUGGAUAGCAUUCACUUCAUUUAAAACCAUUUAGUUUGAGUUUUCUACAAUGUUGCGUGAAAGAAAUGUGUUGAGGAACCAAUUAUAAUGCUGUUUUUGUGUUUUCUAAUGGCUUUCAGUACCACAGUCCCAUGAAUGCACUUUAUAGUGUGAAUGAAAACUAAACAUAUGGCCUAAUACUGCUGAUAAUAUUUAAUUAAUGUAAUCUUAACUCCUGACACACAUUUCAGGAUGAGUCUAAAACUUUGACCCGUACUGUACACUGUGAACAGACAUUUGAUUUUUGUUACUUAUUAAUCACGAUAAGACUUUGAGCAACAACUUUGGAUUGUGUCAGUUAUUAAGGCCUAUUCAAGUUUGUGUGCAUUUAACAGUGUUACAGUAGUUGUGAAGACAAGCAAAGGAAAAUUUUUAAUUUGCGAAGUACCAACUUGGAAUUUUAAUGUUCAUUUUCAGCAGGUUUAAAGAAAUUAUGAACAA